UCGGAAAACAGCAAGCGCGUGUGAGCGAAUUGAAUUUUUGCUCCGGAAAUUUUCAACUUGAUUGUGCAAUUUAUCGGAAAAAUUUGAAUAAGUUGAUUAAUACAAUUUUCCAGGAAUAUUAUAUACUUGUAUUACUGAAGGUCUAGGCGUUUGCUUUCCCGUGAAAAUGCUUCGUCAGCUCAGCUGUUCCCGUUAUCCGGUGCUGACGCGUUGCCGUUCUACGGUGUCCGCUCCGAAAGUGAAUUCUGCGGUGAUGCUCAACUUUAAAGCCGUUGAUCGAUACAAACCUGGCAAUCGAUACAAUGGUUUCCUGUGUACCCGAUCUGAAUUCAUUCCGGAUUUCAAUAUGACAGCGUUCAUGUUCCAGCAUGAAAAAACCGGGUUAGAAUACCUGCAUAUCGAUCGAAAUGAUACAAAUAAUGUUUUCUCGGUCAACUUCCGGACAACCCCAUUCGAUUCGACUGGCUUGCCACAUAUUCUGGAGCAUAAUGUCCUGUGCGGUUCAAAACUAUACCCCGUGAGGGAUCCGUUUUUUAAAAUGCUUAACCGAAGUUUAGCUACGUUUAUGAAUGCGAUGACCGGACCCGAUUACACACUGUAUCCUUUUUCAUCGACAAAUGAAAUCGACUACCGGAACCUCCAGUCGAUCUACAUGGAUGCAGUUUUCCGACCCAAUUUGAAGUAUCUGGAUUUCCUACAGGAAGGUUGGCGCCUGGAACAUUCCGAAUUGCGGAACAAGGCCUCGGAGCUCGUUUUUAAAGGAGUCGUUUACAACGAAAUGAAGGGAGCUUUCUCGGAAAACUCGGCCAUUUUCGGACAGAAAUUUUUCAACCAAAUUUUACCGGAUCAUACGUAUGGACAUGUAUCCGGGGGAGAUCCGUUAGACAUUCCGCAACUGACGCACGAGAAUUUGGUUGAUUUCCACCGCAAGUACUAUCAUCCCAGCAAUGCAAGAAUUUUCAGCUACGGUAAUUUCGAUUUGAACAAAACCAUGCAGUUUGUGAACGAGCAGUAUCUGAACGAUUUCGAGCGGAUUGACCCUAGUUAUAGCGUCAUACCGUCGCAGAAACGCUGGAGAACUCCGCAUAUGAGCCACAUUCAGAGCCGUUAUGAUAACAUGGGUGCCCCACUGGAACGUCAGAAUCAGAUUGCAAUCGGAUUCCUGACAGCGGACAUAACCAAUGUCUAUGAGACUUUUGUGUUGUACAUUCUUAGCGAACUGCUCGUAAAGGGACCCAAUUCAUACUUCUACAAAAGCCUCAUCGAGCCGAACAUUUCCGGCGGGUACAAUCAGCUGACGGGCUUUGAUCCGAACAUUCGGGAUACGAUGUUUGUCGUUGGAUUGCAGGACGUUGCGGUUGAGGAUUUUGCGGAAGUUAGGAAGAUAUUUGACCGAACAAUUGAGCAAGUUGUUGAUAAAGGAUUCGAGAAGAAUCACAUUGAAAGCGUUUUGCACCAUAUAGAGCUGCAUAUGAAGCAUCAAUCAACUAAGUUUGGCUUGGGAUUGCUGUUCAACUUGACCCCUCUCUGGAACCACAAUGGGGACCUGAUUAAAUCUCUUAAUGUUGGAGCCCUAGUAAAACAGCUUAGAGAAAAUUUACAACGAGACCCAAGCUAUCUGCAGCAAAAAGUUUCGUACUACUUUUUGAAUAACAAACAUCGAUUGACCAUGACAAUGUCUCCAGAUACCCUUUAUGAGGAAAAAUUCAAUGCAAGGGAAAAAGAAAUUCUCACUAGAAAAGUAUCGAAACUCACGAAAAAAGACCGAGAGCACAUCUACAAAGAGGGCAUUCAACUUUCUGAGGAACAGAAAACAGUACCCAACACUGAUGUUCUGCCUUGUUUAAAAUUAGACGAAAUCGUCAAAGCAACUGAUAGAAGCGACAUAGACACGAAAACAAUAAACAAUGUACCAACACAGUUUUGUCGGGUGGAUACGAAUGGAAUAACAUAUUUCCGAGGAAUUUUAGAUGCAGCAGUGCUUUCGGACGAAGAAAAACUUCUGAUCCCAUUGUUCAAUGCUAUUAUUAAUCAAUUUGGCACACGUGACAUAAAUUAUCGUGACUUUGAUCAAUUAAUUAGUUCUAAAACUGCUGGUAUCAGUUUCAACAUUCAUUUGGUGGAAAACAUUAAUGACAAUGGCAAAUACGAAUUUGGAGUUCAUUUCGGAUCAUACGCGUUGAAUAAAAAUGUACCAGCCAUGUUUGACAUCCUGAAGCUAGUUUUUACCGAAAUCGAUCUGACAGAUGUGGCUCGUUUCAAGAUGCUGUUGGAGAACUAUAUGUCGGAAUUGUCCGUUGGUAUCGCUCAAUCCGGUCACUUUUACGCAAUGCAAAACGCCAACGGACUGGUUACGGAAUCUGGUCGCUUUAAGGAAAAACUCAUGGGAAUCGAACAUAUUGCGUUUAUGAAACAGCUUUCCGCCAAUUUUACACCGGAACAAAUUCUCCAAAAACUCAAACUCCUGGCCGAUGCUCUUUUCCGAACAGCCAGCUUGCGAUGUGCCCUAAACUACGACCCAUCAUUCGAGUCAGAUGUUAUCCAGCAAUAUGAGACAUUCCUUUCGAACAUCCCCAAACGAACAACUGAAAGCCAGUGGAACACGUCAAAUAAAUUGUCGUCUUCUUGCCGUCACACAGUGAUGAAUAUCCCAAUUAACUAUGGCGCCAAAUCUAUUGUGGCCGUUCCCUUUACUCAUCCGGACUAUGCCUCCCUCAAAGUGCUGGCUAAAUUUCUUUCCUCGAAAUACUUACUUCCUGUGGUUCGAGAGCAAAACGGGGCCUAUGGUGCAGGCGCCAAAAUCACCACCGAUGGGUUGUUCAACUUUUUCAGCUACCGAGAUCCCAAUUCCCGAGUAACGUUGGAUGUUUUCGACCAGGCUCAUCAAUGGGCAGCGGAAAACGUUUCCAAAAUGGACCCGCAAACUUUGUUCGAAGCUAAGCUCGGCGUAUUGCAGCAGCUGGAUGUGCCAAUUGCGCCGAUCGAUCGUGGCAUGGUUCUUUUCCAACAGGGCAUUAGCGAGGAGCUGUACGAGAAACAUCGCAACGAAAUGCUAACCGUUGGCAAGGAUCAACUGCUGAAGGUUAACGAGACCUAUCUGCGGCCUGGAGCCGUCGAUGUCGUGGGAAAGAGCAUACUGGGACCGAAGAACGAGGGCUUGCGAAAGGAUGGUGAAAACUGGAGUGUGUUUGAGCUUUAAUGGUUUAGUUAUAUUUAGUUGUAAAUAAAGAUCACUGUAAUCGUUAUUCAAA